CCAACACCACCAACCACACCAAUCAAUCCAAUCCAAUCAAGCAAGCGAUAUGUCAGGCUCAGAGAACACCGGUUCCACAGGAGGACAGGCAGGAAACUCCAUCGGGGAGGGGAUCAAGGGCGUCUUCAACACAAUAGGCGGAGCAGGCGAGUCCAUCCGUGGAAACUUCAACAACUUUGUUGAUCAAGCAGGCGAAGGUCUCGCAUCCAACAUGGGCAGCAAAGAGGAGCAGGAGGCACGUCAGGCCAAGCUGGGUCAGGAGGGGUCUGGCACAAAGGUAGGGGAGAAUGCCGAUAUUGCUAGCAAGGGGGAGGAGCAGGUCAAGAGGGGGAUCAACCAGUUGACGGGACAGGGAUCGACGAGCUCGGGUGGGAGCACCAAUUGAGCAGGGAGAGAGAGGAAAGAAGACGCAGCAGCCACCAUUGCUGUGUUGAGCCAUCGAUGUAGACACGGGCUGCGCAAUUCUAGACUAUGAAGCGGUGAUGAUCAUUCUUCGGCAGCAGGAGAGGCGAGAGGGACUGAUUGAUUGAUUGAAUCUUCUGCC